AUGAGAAGUGUGAGGGUGGUGUUGGUGGUGUGUGUGACAUUAGCGCUGCUGCUGCUGGCGGAGUGUGAGGGCGCGCGGAGCCGGAAGGACUGGAGCGGGGGGAGCGGGGGGGGCGGCGGGGGUCUGAGGAGAGCCGCGAGCGGGGUUUACCAGGGGCUCAGCGCCGUGUUCGGGGAGGACAACAUCCGGGCUCUGUACAAGUUCUUCUCUAAGAGCAGUGAGCGGUUUGUACACGGCGUGGACUCGCUGCUGGACACACUGUGGAGGAGCUGGACUGACCUGCUGGACGCUCUGGGGCUCGACUCCUCCACCCUGUCUCAUUACUUCAGUCCCUCCUCGGUGUCGAGUUCUCCGUCGCGGGUGGUGCUGUUGCUGGGCGCCGUGUUCCUGGCCUACUGGUGCGUGUCCUUGGUCCUCGGGGGCGUGACGCUGGUCCUGCGCGCCGUCCUGGGUCGAUUCUUCUGGGCGGCGCGCGUGCUGUUCUUCGCACUCGCGUGUCUGUACGUGCUGCAGAAGUUCGAGGGCGACCCCGAGAAGGCGGUGCUCCCCCUGCUGGUCAUCAUGGGCGUGUACUUCAUGACGGGCCCGGUGUCUGCGUACUGGAGGAGACAGGGCGCGUCCUCGCUCGAGGAGAAGAUCGACAACCUGGAGACGCAGGUACGCCUCCUCAACAUCCGCCUCAGCAGGGUGAUCGACAGCCUCGAGCGCACCGCCGACUAAUAAGGAGACGGCCCUCGGGGCGAGGGGGAGGGGCUACGGUCAGGGCGUGGCUCUGGUGUUUAACUCUCCUGUUCUGGUUCUGUAGGCUUCACACCCGGUUGCUAGGCAACUGGUGAAUACACGUACUCCGCUCGAGUUCACACCGAGUCUAGCGUUUUAAUACGAAAUAAAAUUUCUAUCACAUUCUGAUUGAACAGAACAGAACAGGAAGUGUUAAACAACAGGAAGUGACACGUACAGUCAUCAUGGUGUUCAUCUCAGUCUUACAAAUAAUCACAUGUACACUCUCAACGAGUCUGAUCCUCCACCCGCGCUCUGCAGCUCAGCACCGUUAGCCUGCUAGCAAUACAGCCCUGAGUGUGUGUGUGUGUGUGUGUGUGUGUGUGUGUGUGUGUGUGUGCGUGUGAUUAAAAGAGUAAAGCUACUGUGUUUCAAUAAAAUACUCAGGGACCCCGUAUAGUAGAACACCGAUAACACCCCCUCCCGCCCCG